AUGUCCUCACUCUGCAAGAUCAGACUACAAGAAGAAAGAAAACAAUGGAGAAAAGACCACCCCUUCGGCUUCUUCGCCAAACCAACAAAAUCCCCCGAUGGAUCCCUUGACCUAACAUCCUGGACCGCCGGUAUCCCAGGCAAACCCAACACAUUAUGGUCAGACGCAAUCUAUCCCAUCACAAUCGAAUUCCCGGAAGAAUAUCCUUCAAAACCACCCAAAGUGAAAUUCCCCGCCGGAUUUUAUCAUCCGAAUGUAUAUCCUUCCGGUACGGUUUGUUUAUCGAUUUUGAAUGAGGAACAGGAUUGGAGACCGGCUAUUACGUUGAAACAGAUUGUGUUGGGGGUGCAGGAGUUAUUGGAUACUCCGAAUCCUGAUUCUCCGGCUCAGGAACCGGCUUGGAAGGCGUUUAGUAAGGAUAAAUCGUUGUAUGAGAAGAAAGUCAAGGAACAAGCAAAGAGGUAUGCCAAUCUGGGAUAG